UCUCAGCCUUCCAUCAACGCCCCUUCCAUACUAGAAAGCGGCUCAUGGAGUAUCGGCCUCAAUUUCCCAAUCCGGACAUCGCAGCGAAGGCCUCGGUGCUUCCUUGCCAUGUCCUCCAUGGCGGGUGGGCUCGUAGCUCAUCAUUCGCAGCGUCUGCCUUCUCUUCUUCCCAUCGGAGUUCGUCUCCUUUCGAUUUGGUCUUCCUUUUGGAACGAGGUCGAUCCCUCGUCUAACGCGGCGACCACCGCGUCGGAUUCGACGUCUUCCUCUACGCAGACUCAGCACAAGAAGCUCGCUUACCGCUUAUCAGUGGUAGUCGAUGCCAUCAAUGAAAGGAAACUUCCCCCGGAAUUGCGCGGUCGAGGCAACGCCAUCAGGUCAGAGACUGAUAUAGUUAAUGUUGUGGAACAAAGAAUAUGGCACUCAAUGGAGGAAGGGCACUUUGAAAACCUUCCAGGAAAGGGAAAACCUCUGAACCUGAAUACCAAUCCUCAUGCAGAUCCAGCAGAGGAUACUCUUUAUAGAAUCCUUUCAAGAAAUGGAUGUGCUCCUGAGUGGGUUGAACUGAACAAGGAAAUCAGGUCUAACAUUGCAGAAUGGAGAGUAGCGUUGAAGAAGGCCUGGACUGAAAAUUCAGACCAAAAAGGUUAUCAAUGGCUACAAAAUACAGAGAUUCUUAAGGCACGGAUGAAGGACAUCAAUAGUAAGGUUUUGCGGUACAAUCUCAUGGUACCUUUUGGCCGGCAAAUGUUUGGACUCAAAUGGGAGAAAGAGAUGGGUAAGCUCAAUGUGAAAGAAGGGCUUGUUUGACCUUCUGUUCUUUUAUAAUUACCAUAUUUUUUUGUGAAUUAGGUACUCAGCAUGCAAUAUAUGUUGUUUUUUAUUAAGUGUAGUGGAUCAUAUAUCUUUAGGAUCC